UUUGUUGUGAUUUCUUUUUUCCAUUUCUUAACACAAGAUCCGGUAGGACAAAUUUCACAGAGGGUUCAUAUUUGACAGGUGAUCGAAUAGCUAAGGAACAGUUGUACCAACGUUUGGUAGCUUGAAUCCCCAACAACGGGUAUCAGAGCGUAUCUGAUAUUUCCUAACAAUACCAUAUCUAUUCGGACAUUUCCCUGCAAGAUCACAUAAAAUUCCCAAACCCCUUUAUACCCACUGAGUCAUUUAGUAAUCUUAAUUUCUCUAAAACUAUAUAUCUUGCUUAUAUAAAAACAUAUUAAACACCGUACAAAAAAGAUUUAAAAAUAAAAAUCCAAUAACUCGAGUUCCUUCUUUCCUUCUGGCAACGUACGCAUGCUCUAGUUGAUCCUUCAGGUGAUACCGGAGAAGUCUCAUGGAGCCUAGCCUCACGAAAUUUGAAUACAGAGAAGCCAACGGUAACCAAACAAAAAACAGUAAAUGCUGAAAUCCCUCAAAACAAUUCCAAUCUCAUCCUUCCCUCUUAGAUCCGUGUUAAACCAAUCCUCAUCCCUCGUCUCUAACUCUCUCCAUGCCUUACACUACUCCCAAUACCCCCACAACGCGUUCGACGAAAUGCCUCAGAGAAUUUCCUUCAUCUCUCACCCCCUCAGCCUCUUAAAACAAAACCCAACUGAUCUCCUUGUCAUUGCCUCGGCACAUUCCCUCGCCCUUAAGACCAAUGCUCUCGCCGACAUCUCCCUCCGAACGUCUUUACUGACCUCUUAUGCGAGAGCCUGUGACCUCGAUUCAUCGCUGGCUCUGUUCAAUGAGUCCGUGUCCUCCUGUGACUUGAUCUCUUGGAAUGCCAUUAUCACUGCUUGCGUCCUUAACUCGCAGUUUGAUCUGUCAAUCGACCUUUUCAAAGAAAUGAUUGCUGGGCUUGGGGAGUUCGAUUCAACUACUCUUGUCAUUAUGAUUUCGGGUUUGACCCGUGUCCGAAACUUGAAACAUGGUUUAAUGCUGCAUGGUUUUGUUGUAAAAAGAGGGCUUCAGGGGAAUGUGUACCUUUGCAAUGCUUUGAUUGAUAUGUAUGCAAAAUGUGGGGAAUUGAGGAGAUCAGAAUUUGUGUUUGGGGAAAUGGAAGUUAAAGAUGCCACUUCCUGGAAUUCGAUCACCAAUGGAUGCCUUUAUAACGAUCUUCCGGUGAAAUCAGCCUUCUUUUAUCGAGAAAUGUGUUGCUCAGAUGUUCGGCCAGACCAAAUGAGUCUAUCUUCUGUGAUAUCUGCAUGUUCUUGUUUGGAAGAGCUCUCUGGUUUUGGGGAGUCAGUGCAUUCUUGGGUGAUCAAAUUGGGGUAUGAAGGAAUAGCACAUUCUUCGGUGGCUAAUUCUUUGAUUUCCUUCUAUUCUUCAUGUGAACAUGUACGAGAAGCAAAUAAAGUGUUUAAAGGACUUGGCACAAAGAAUACGAUUUCAUGGAAUUCUAUGAUCAAAUGCUUGAUAGAGAAUGGAAGGAUAGAUGAAGGUCUGACACUUUUCUUUUCAAUGCAAUCGGCAUAUAAAGCCCAACCUGAUGCCAUUACACUUGUAACAAUUAUACCCGUUUGUGGUGAGCUUAACCUAAUUCAUCAAGGCAAAUCAAUUCAUGGGUUUUCUAUUAGAAAAGGUAUUUGGGUGUCUAGUCUACCAGUAGCUAACACCUUACUUGAUAUGUACUUGAAAUGUGAUAAUUUAGUUUCAGCAGAGCUGUUGUUCAGUAGAAUGCCUAGUAAAGAUUUGGUAACAUGGAACACGAUGAUCUCUGGGUAUUCAAGCUCUGAACUUUAUGCAGAAGAGUCCAAGCUUAUGUUCAGAGAGUUACUUCAAAACGGUCAGAGAUGCACCCUUGCUACUCUAUUAGCCAUCCUGCCUUCUUGCAUUAGUCCUCGAGAUCUUACCUUUGGGAAACCAGUUCAUUGUUGGGAGCUCAAGUACGGGUUUGGAAACAUAAUCUCGGCUGUCAAUGCCCUUAUGCUUAUGUACAUAUACUGUGGGGACCUAAGAGCUUCAUUGGCACUAUUAGAAAACAUUUUACCUGCAUCAGACGUUGUUUCAUGGAAUACAAUCAUAUCUGGCUAUGUCAAGAACGGGCAUUAUAGGGAUGCACUUGGAGCCUAUAAGUUUAUGUAUGAAAUGUUAAACUUAGACCCUGAUCCUAUCACGAUGUCCUGUGCUCUAUCGGCUUCUGGGAAUCUUGAAUUUUUGUCCUAUGGCCAGUCACUUCAUGGAUUUGUUCUGAAGAGUCCUAUAGGGUCAGAUGUUAGAGUGAGAAAUGCACUCAUAACAAUGUAUUUUAGAUGUGGAGACCCCCUGAGCUCUGAAUUGGUGUUUCAACCUGAAGGAGAUAAGAAUUUAUGCUCAUGGAGUUCCAUGAUAUGUGGAUUUGCACAAAAUCAAGAUGGUGGGAAGGCAAUAGAAUAUUUUCACCAAAUGAAAAUGACGAGUAUUCAACCAAAUGAAAUCUCCCUUGUUGGUCUUCUGUGUGCUUGUACUCAUCUAGGAAAUCUUAGAUUUGGUAGAGAAAUCCAUGGUUACAUUGUUCGUUUUGGAUUUUGUGAUAACAUAUUUAUUGCAUCAGCUCUUGUGGAUAUGUAUAGCAAAUGCGGUAGACUUGAAUUUUCAGAAAGGGUAUUUGAAAGUUCUGCAGAAAAAACAACUGCAUCUUGGAAUUCUAUGAUAUCAGCAUAUGGGUUUCAUGGGCAAGGUCAAAAAGCCAUAGAACAUUUCAGCAAGAUGUCUGAUCUUGGUAUUAAAGCUACAAAAAGCACUUUCAUUGCUAUUUUAUCAGCUUGUAGCCAUUGUGGACUAAUUGACGAGGGAUGGAAACAUUAUAAGCUAAUGGUAGAGGAGUUUGACCUCGAGGGGACAAUUGAGCAUCGUGUAUUGAUGGUUGAUAUGCUUGGCAAAGCUGGAAGGAUUCAUGAGGCUUAUGAGUUUGUCAAGGAGAUGGGAAGCAAAGCAGAGUCAGAAGUUUGGGGAGCUUUGUUGAGUGCUUGUAGGGAUAAGGGUGAUAUUGAUAUGGGUAAAUUGAUUGCAGAGAAACUAUUUUCUUUAGAGUCUGAGAAUAGUGGUUAUUAUGUUGCAUUGUCAAACUUAUAUGCAUAUCAUGGAAUGUGGAAUUGUGCUGAAGAUAUCAGAAGUAUGAUUCGAGAUAGAAGAUUGAUGAAGUUGCCAGGAAUCAGUCUUGUCGAGGCUCCUAGUAGUGAGCUCUAUGUCUCCUCAUUUGGCCAAUUUUGGUGCAAUUCAGAAACCAUUAGCGGAGAAGUUCUUGAACUGAGCAUCUAGUGGAAGUACCAGCAAGCUGGGGGUUCUGGAAGUGUCAAUCAGAAAUCGUGCUUGAUUCACCCAAUUGUUGCUCGUAGCUGCGUCAAGGUUCAUGAACAGGGAAGUGCACUUGGGAGGUCAGUGGACUUAUUGAAAUUUAAUGGCUAUAAGGAACUUAUGCUUGGAGAUUAUGCAUGGUCGGCUCUAUUGGAAAAAAUAAUAAAAAAUGGAAGGUCUACAUUUACCCUCAAGAGAAGGUCGAGAAAUUAAAAACAUUCUCGGCACAAUCAAUGCAAGAGUGGUCUGAAGAGUAUGCUCAGUGUUUGUGCUGUUUCUGAAGCCUGAUUCAUGAAGAGUAAAUAGCACCCGGUCGUAGAAUU